UGCUUGAGGCCUGUCAAAAUGGAAGCAAGAUAGUGCAGCCAGAUUCAUCAUAUCAUAAAGCUAUGACUGAAGUUGAUGCCACCAAUAGUGGAAGGAAUGUUGUCAGUGUAGAACAAGGGGAUUCAUCACAUUGGAAAUCUAUGUCUGAAGUUGAUGCCACAAAUUGUGGAAGGAAUGUUGUUAGUACAGAACAUAGAGCCAUUAGCAGUGUCUCUGCGGUUCUGGCCUUGCAAAAUGGAGGACAGACAGUGCAGCUAGAUUCAUCAUAUCAGAAAAAUAUGGCUGAAGUUGAUGCUACAAACAAUGAAAAAAAAUUUGCAAGUGCAGAGCAAAGCGAUAUUGCUGAUAUUCCUCUAGAGAAAAGAGGCCCAGCAGAGGGAUCUGACAGAGAAGGUGAAAUUAGUCGUGAGGUUCUGGAAAUACUAUUUGGAACGGAUAUUGAAAAUGCUGCAAAGAUUCUUUGCGUUAGCCGAUCUACAUUUAAGCGUAAAUGCAGACAACAUGGCAUCAAGCGGUGGCCGUUCCCCAAGCGAAACAGGGUUACUCGCUCCCCUUCUCAGCUUGAAUCUAUUCGAGGCGCUAACAAACAAACCGGAGAAUCUAGUCGGAGAGACUGUCUGCCUUGUGACAAGGCUCCUAAGCAAGCCACAACUUCUAUUGCUUCCACAAUGCCACAUGCUUCAGCAAAGCAAAAUGAGAGCUCUGUGACCAUAAAGGCAACAUAUGGGGACGACAUUAUCAAGUUUCAACUCUCUUUUUCGUCAGGAAUGGUGGAGUUAGAGGAGAUAGUGGCAAAAAGGCUAAACUCAAAGGCUGGAAGUUUCAAAAUCAAGUAUGCAGAUGAAGAUGAUGAUUCGAUUUUAGUGUCCUGUGAUGAAGCUUUGCAGGAUUGCAUAAAUAGUUGGAGAUCAUCGGACAGGACUACAGUCAAAAUGUUGGUUCUGCCAAUUAUCAAUUAAUUACCUUGAGCCUUGACUAGAAUGUAUUUAUGCGUAUUUCUCUUUGCUUAUGUCUAUCUUUAUACACAUCAUUGCACACUUACAUACAUACAAAAGUUUACCAUCUUUGUAUAUGUUAUGCUUCGACCUAACUGUUCCUCUUUUGUCCUCUGCCAAAACAUUA